GGGAUUGACUUUUUGCACGGAGGCGCGUAGAACACCUCGUCGACGGCGGCUCUGUAAUCGAAGCCCAUACGAGGGCUGGCGCUGCUCCCCAGAGCCUGCUCGCGCACACGGCCAACUUGAUCAAGCAAUCCACUCUACCUUCUCCCCUUCUUCUGCACUCUGGGCUUGAUGCAAGCGUUAAGCGCGAGUCAUUCAUGGUCAAAACGACUCGAUGUGUGCACAGCAACACUGUCGCAGAAGCUGGUAGGUUUUGGUGCGAGCUAUACUCGGCGUAUCCCCCUCCGAAUAUGGGGAAACCCUGGCCUCGCGGCGAGCCCCGUGCUUGUGAGCGAGACCUAUCGCACCAUGAGGCGACGAGGCGCUGAGGCCUGAGGUCCUCGUCGAUGAUAUCGAUCAGCUGUGUCCGGAUCCCCCUCACACGAGGCAAGGGUCGACGACAUGCUUCGACGUACAACUGAAUCGACCUGCAGGCGAGAACGCCACAGCAUGCCGCAUCCCACAAACGGCCAGAGUAACCUAAUUGCCUUCUUUGAUAUUCGGCUUAGCCCCAACCUCUUCGCGACUAUUGGUCUGACCACGAGUGCGCAUGCGGGGCAGGGACGUGGGAUCUAUAGGUAUUUGGCGCCGGAAGCCUUCUACAUGCGUCCACCAUCGUGAUGUCUAGCUUCUGGUAGAAGGCCCAGAUGUGCAUCCUUUGAAUAAAGGCCGGUACGUCGUUUGGGAUAAGUUUCGUUCAUCG